UACAACUAUUUGUUCGCACGUAGCAACAACGGCACGUUUAUUUUGAGGAUCGAGGACACCGAUCGGACAAGAACGGUUCCCGGGGCAAUAGAGAGACUCCAGGAUGAUUUGCUAUGGGCAGGGAUUAUACCCGACGAAGAUCCUACCAGAGGUGGCCCCGUUGGCUCUUACGUGCAGUUGUCAAGGCUCGAAUUGUACAAAGAGCAGGCGCUUAAACUCUUGGACAAUCAAUCCGCUUAUUACUGCUUUUGUACGGAGAAAAGACUGGAAUUGUUGAGGAGAGAGGCUAUAAAGUGUGGACAAGUACCUAAAUAUGACAAUAGGUGUCGACAUUUUACCAAGGAUCAAGUAAAGGAAAUGCUCUGGAAAAAUAUCACUUAUUGUAUUAGAUUUAAGUUGGCGUCCACACCGGCGGCCUUUCACGACAUAGUUUACGGCGACGUGGUGCAUGAUCUUACCAAGUCCGAGGGAGAUCCAGUUAUCAUAAAAUCAGAUGGCUAUCCCACUUACCAUUUUGCAGAUGUAGUCGAUGACCAUUUUAUGGAAAUAUCUCAUAUCUUACGGGGCGUUGAAUGGCAAGUUUCUACACCUAAGCAUAUUAUGCUUUACAAAGCGCUUGGCCGGAAUUCUCCCAUAUAUGGACACUUACCUUUUAAUAUUAAACGCGGAUCCAAGUUGUCCAAGAGACAGGGUGACAUCAAAAUCGAGUCAUUUAGGAAACAGGGUAUUUUUCCACUAGCGUUAUUGAAUUACGUGAUAGGGGCUGAUGGUGGUUUCCACAAAGAACGAGAAAACCAACAUCUUUACAGUUAUCAAGCAUUAAUUAAACAGUUUGAUAUUAAUAAAAUAAAAUCGAGUUCUGGCAAACUUAUGCCUGAGAAAGUAUUGGACUUGAAUAAAUUGGAAAUGGCAAAUUUACUACAAAAUGAAAACAACUAUAAAUUUUUUAUUGAGAGAAUU